UGGAAUGGGUUUUGUUUCAUUUUUAUUUGUUUUAUAUUUUUACACCAAAUGACAUAACGGUUUCUUUUCAGUUAUUUGCACUUUAAUUCCUAAAAGCGUUAGGUUUCAUUCUUCACAAGGAGUACAGUGGAGACGUCUGGGGAAGAAAGAUACAACUUAGUCUGGCUGAGCUUCUGUUGGUGCAUUUUCUGGAUUAUUUAAGUUUCUAUUAUUGAUGGCAAUUGUACCUUCAAACAGCCUCAUCAAUCCUUUUAGAAAAAUGGAGUUUGCUAUCCAGCACACCUGGGACAGUGACCUUGUUGAUCAUGACCCCAUCAGGAUCUCCUUCUCUGAUGGGAAAUCAGGGCUAAAAAUGGAAGUGUCUGGUCCAUUCUUCAACGACCCAGCAGCUCCUCCAGGUGAACCUGGCAUUGCCUUUCCUGGCCUCUGGAAUUAUGAAGUUGUGGAAUCCUUCUUCCUUGACAGCACAAAAGAAAAUUACCUGGAGGUGGAGCUUUGCCCACAUGAACAACACCUUAUACUACUGCUAUCAGGAGUCGGCAAUGCGUUUUAUCAACAACUGCCAAUCGAUUUUACUACCACAAUAUCAGGGGACAGAUGGAUUGGGCAGGCUUUAAUCCCCUGGACGUACUUCCCUCCCAAUGUCAACAAGAUGAACUCCUAUGCCAUUCAUGGUUCAGGAGCAGCACGUACAUAUGAGGCUCUCUACCCCAUCCCCAAAGCCGAGAUUGUGGAAGGCCAACAGCCAAAUUUCCAUCGCCUGGAGUAUUUCCAAAAUUUCCGCCUGCAGAGCAUUGUGGGAGAGGAUUGGGUCCAGCCCGAAUCUGAUCUGUGGAAGGGAAAGGCCUGAGCUGCUUAUGAAAUGCUAUAUUUCUUUGUUUUUCUUUUGCAGUCACAAACGCUUAACAAAAUCAGCAAUCCUUCUUUAUCAUUUAAUGAUGCAGGACAAUUUGACAGAAGAUAUGUUAUCAGCUUGUCAGGCUGUGUUGUACACACAUCCGUAAAAGUAUCCAGGCACACUUGUUGCAUAAUAUUGGACAUCCUUAACAUAAAUUGAACGAGCACAGUGUGACCUGCAAUUUGCAUGAUGGGUUCGGUGCUCAUUUUGACAUCCAGCACCUCCAUAACCGAAAUAUUUUGCUUCAUUAAGACAGAGAUCAAUAGGUCCAAACGAUUGUUUAUGCUCUUUUUUAGACAACAAUACAUAACUCUGUAUUUAAGAAGUUUAAUAUUGUUUGUCAUUUACAGUGUAUUUUUUUUCUAGGCACUCACCUGUCAAUAAAAAUAAAACCUUUAAAAAAUUAA